GAAUACAGCCACGUGCAGCGGGCUUUUCUCUAGUAUAUUUCUGUGCAGUGGUCGUAUCCGUUGCUGGAUUUUAUUCUUUUUCCAUAUACCUUUCCUUGAUUCGUACAGUAUGAAGUGCCUCGGCAACCGCAAUUACCCCCUGGCCGGAGUCCUCAUCCUCGGGGUCGUGUUGUAUGCUGUUUAUUUCCCUUCUCGCGAGGUCUGGACGCCGCUCCAGGUCGCUUCCGACCCCUCCUUCGUCGCCCUCGUCCAGAGCCGCGACCCCCCGCCCGCCUUGCAAGCUGAAACGACGGGUUCGAAAAGCGUCUUCGAGGAAACGGCGACCGACCGUGGGAUCUCCCCUUCCUCCUCUCCCUCCUCUUCCGCCGUCGGUUCGCCACGCCCCGCCAAGAGUCAGACGUCGAAGGCCUGUUCCUUGGAGGUGGAUUUGGCUCCUUGUUCCUGUUCUCGGACCCUCACCCUCGAGGUCCCCGGGGCCUGUCCGGAGACGUCGGAUGAGGCGCUGAAGAGGAUCAAGGAGUCGCUGGGGCAGUCGACGUGCAGCGAGGCGGCGACGCUGAGGGGCGGCGGGCAGAAGGUCGCAAGUUUCACAGUAUAUGGGCAGUACCCAACAGAGUACCACGUUGCCUUACGCCGGUUCCUGGUACCCCGGGUGGCGGAAGUGUACCCUGGGUGGGUGAUGAGAGUGUACCACGAUCUAAGUUACAGCAACGAGCAACAGAAGGAGUGGCUUUGUAACAUCACCUGUUCACACCCUCACGUUGAUUUCUGUGAUGUCACGCGCUUACCUGACCUGGGCGACAUCCACACCGGGACGGGAACCACCUGGAGGUUCUCCGUCAUGGGCGACCCUCUCGUGGACAACUACAUUAUCCGGGACUCUGACGCCCCCAUUCUGCAGAGGGAGGUGGACGCCGUCGGCCAGUGGCUGCAACUCGGCACGUGCUACCACGUGAUGCGGGACACGAAAUUCCACGGCGUCUACAUCAUGGCGGGAAUGUGGGCGGCUGCAACACCUGGAAGGCGGACGAGGCUCGGAGCGUGCGGGACUACAUUCUGAAGAGCGCCAAGAGGCAUUACGAAGACCAGACGAAUCUCAAUUUCAGACUGUGGCCCAGAAUCCGCAGCAACGUGACCCAGCACGACUCGUACCUCUGCUUGAGGUAUCCGGGGUCGCUGCCCUUCCCUUCGGAGCGGUUCAACUUCACCUUCGUCGGCGCCAGGACCUACCGCCAGAA